GUUCGUUUUAUUUAUUAUCGUUAGUCAUAUAGUAUUAGUUUAGGUUGAUGUUAUAUAAUUGCAAUUUUAAUUAGACUUGAUUUUUCAAGAGUUGAAUUCAUUAUUCUUUUUUUUAUCAAAGAGUUGAAUUCAUUCUAGACUCGAGUUUUAAACUAAAGAAACUUGAACAACACUGCACAAAGGCUUACAUGUCAUUAUCAUGCAUGGCUUGGGCCUUGUUAUGAAUGAAAUUUAAACAUUCCAAGAUCAGGUCAUUCUUUUUAGGUUUUACGUUGUUUCCAAUACACAACAAACAUGAGGAAGACUUGUUUCUUCAAAAUCAACAUGUCUCACAAAAUUUAUUAAUCAAAAUUUUCUGCCAAACUGUUCAUUACAAUAUUAUGCCCCACGUAUAUAUGUUGUAUCUCAUAUGGUAAACAUGAUACAGCCAGCAAAUACUGAAACAAACACACGUAAUUAAACAAAUCUUAGCCAAUUAACCAGAAUAUGUCCAGAAUCUUUACACACCCCAUGGAUUUUCAUCAGAAUUCAAACUGGAAUAACUUUAGUGACCAUUCGAAGCACGAAGACAUGGGCACUAAGGCAUAUAUGACAAAGUAAGGAGGUUAUAAAACAAUUUACGAGUGGUCGUUAGUUGGUUAAGGUGUACUAUUGAUAGUUUGUAUUAUAUAUACCACACACACUAGUUUAUUAUGAAUAAGUAUUGUUCACUUCAUCUACGUAUAAGAGUAUGAUCAGAAGAAAACGACGAGGGUUCCAAUAAUUGUUGAGUAGCCGACAAAAAAUCCCGAGAGACACGUUUCAGACAGUUUAUAGAAUCACUGCUGGCGACGAAACGUGCUUCCGUAGCACUUGUGUACUUUUCUAUCGGUUCUGUUCAUUGCACCUCUCAUAUCUUCUCCAAGAAAACAAUUGUAUAUUACUAUGUUGAAAAUAAACAACUAAAAACAUCAUGCUUGUAUUGUUUUUUCUUUGAUUUGAAACAAGGUCAUACUGUAUAAUAUAUAGUUGUAUAUCAUUUGAACUACAUCAAUCUAGAUGUAGUUGACAUCUCGAAAGGAUAACCAUAAAAUAAAUGAAAUUAUGACCUGUUUCAUCAACAAUUCUCUCAGUAAUCUAGCACUUUGACCGUUAUACAAACAGUUAUGUGAUAUAGUAUCAUGUAUCAAUUGAGGGUGGUCAGGUCAACCUUUCGUGAUUUAUUAUCUAAUAUAUACAGAAAGUACAUCUUUCAAUGAGAAAUCGACAAUUAUAAAAUAUCAUUUGUUACUGAUUUUACAAGAUAAUUUUGAUUCUAUUUUUGUUGGUCGAAGUUCUAUGUACCAUGUCAAACUUUAUUUCAAUUUUUCCUUCUAUGACACAAAUAAAACUGUGACCAUAAUGCGAAAUCUCACAUGAACUUUUAACUAACGUUGUUAUAAUCUGAAAAUUAUUUUCUGAAAAAUGGAUGGAAUACUGAAUGCAAAUUACAAAUCUCAAGCAAAACUGAGUUUGAUUGAUAAAAAAAAAACACGAGAUGUUACCCUCAAAAAAACAUGAAAUGUUAAUGUCAGAUGCAUUUCUAUUAAAAUCUGAAUAUUAACACUUUAGUACCUUGAUUAAUCCCUAUAUAUAUAUAUCAGUUUAUCAAAACCUAACCCAAACAAAACUUAAUUAACAUAGAACAUAUAUUUAUUAAUCGUUCUCAUAUAAAUGUAAAUUAUUCAUGCAUUAGUAAUAUCACCUUCACAAUGUUUAUCAAUUUGACAAAGCUCAAAGGAUUAAUAGAUACUUGGUGUAUUUUUAUGCUGUUAAAAUAAUCAUAUAUACGUCUGUUUUCCAUUGAUAAAAUAAACUUAUGCAGUUCUGUAAGAAAAUCAUAGACCUCAACCGUAUACGCUAAAAUGUAUUGGUGCAACACGACAAAUUGUUAAAAUUCUAGUCUUCCGGAUUAGAAGGGAGAAUUUUUUGUUAACAAAAAAAAAGAAGAGAUAACUUUUUAUGAAUCUAAUGAUGCUUUUAGUUAAAGAAUUAAAAAUCUUAUUUAUUAAGGUCUUCUUUUUGUUCUAAAACAACUUCUUUUCUAUUAAAAAUGCAUUCAUGGAAUUCACAAAAAAAAAACAAAUACAGAAGAACUAGUCAAAUAUCCGUUUCUCGAUAUUUAGUGGCAACAACCACAUAAAUUGAAUAUAAUGUAUAUGAUAAAUACAAUAUAACAUGUAAAAUAUCAGAAAUACUUAACUGUUUAUGAAAAAUUUAAUUUACAAGAGCCUGUAACUACUAUACCUACAGUACUAUUGAUUAAAACAUGAAAAAAAAAAUACUAGAUACUAUCAAUCGGCUAACACACAAGGAGAAACUCUGUGAGAUGGAAAACCUUUACUAAACCUGUUGUAGUAUUGAUUAAAACAUGACAAAUUUACUUUUUGUUUAAAUUUUUAUUUUUAUAAAAUGACUAUUUUGUGAUUUUUUAUAAAAUAACUAUUUUUUCUAAAUCAAUGUUGUUGUACACGUGGUAUUUAUGUCAAAAAAAUAAUUGAUGUUUUUUCACGUCAGAAAAUUAAAUGAUAAGAUAACUGAUGUGCCAAUUGGGAUAUGAUUUCGCAAAAAAUUAAGAAAAAUAUAUGAUAUUUAAUCUUUUCAAAAUUUAAAUAUGUAUUUGUGCGGUAGUAUCCUAAUGUAUAAAUUGACCAUGCAACGAUAUUUUGGACAUGAUUUUGCCUUUUCCAAAUCAUAUAUUUGAGUUUUUAUUAUUUAGAAGAUAGUAGACCUCAUAUAUUCAUACAACCAUUUGUUUGUUUUCUUACACAGUGACACAUAUUAAAAAUAUAAAUAUAUAGUUACAUAAAUUAAUCUUUAUCUUUUGUAGAAAAUUAUGUUUUAUUCUUUACAUGUAUAAAAAGAAAUCAAACUGAAAAUGCUAAACUAUCUUUAUAGAAUUGAAAAUUGACUAAUAUUUUAAAUUAUUUAAUAAAUCUCUCAAAUUUAGUAGUUUGAAAUAUUAAUAAAGUAAAAUAUAUGUAUGACAAUAAAUAUACAAAUUUAGUCACUGCUGGCAACUUUUAUUUUCCUUUUUCCUACUUUGCCAGCCUUUUUCUCUUCAUUUUGUUUUGGUUAUACCAGCACAAAGAGAAAAAAAAUGUAUUAUAUAGUAAUAAAAAUCUGGAUAAAAGAAUAUACAAAUCAUAUACAAUUAAUUAAUCAAAUUUUAGAGUUUGUAUAACUAUUCCAAGUAUGCAUUAUUAUUAAAAAGUUUCUGGACAUAAAUAUUGGCAUUGUCUGCCUACCAAGAAAUGAAAAAUAAAUAUUUAAUUAUAUUUUAUAAAAUAAAUAUUUUAAAGAAAAUAUAAAUGAAUUCUUUAAUUAUUACAUACUUCAAAUAAAAAUGUGUAAUGAAGGUAAUUGUACAAAAACAUUAUAUGAAAGUUAAGUAUACACAACUUUAGUUUUGUAAACUCUUACAAAAGGAUGUCGUUUGUUUUAUUCUCUUUAUGUUAUUUUUAAUAAUAUUCUAUUUGAAUUACUUUAUUUUAUUAAGCUUGUACAAGUUAAUUUUUCCAAGCAAAACUUCCAUAAUAAUUAGAUGGUCUAUAGAUUUUUUUUUUUAAAUAAGUCUCCAUCCACUCUUUGCUUUAAAAACAUAUUUAUUUUGAAUUUUACGAUCGUUCUAUGUUUUUCAGUGGUAUGUUGACGGUGAUUCAAAAAUACAAACUCUUUUUAUUCUAUGUAUAGUAGUUUUCUUUUGUUGUUAGAGUUGUAUUUCCACCUUAUAAAACCGUUCAGUUAAAUUUGGUAUAUUUGUCUUAUUUAUCUAUAUUAUAAUAUGUUGCUUAUAACAAUUAUGUAAGUGAAAAUUUCUAUGAAUAUUAACAUAUACUAAAAAAUAAUAUGAAAAUACUCGUAAUUCGCAUUUGUAGAAUUUUUAUCUAUACGUACGCUAUGCAAUAUUUUUUAAAAAAGUACGAUAUAUUUAUUUAAAAAAAUUUAUUUUUAACUAUUUUUAAUUAAUGUUUUAAAAGACAUUGCACAUGGUACUAUUUCAAUACUUAAAAUAUAUGUAUAAGUUAGUAUUAUGAUAUAUAAAUUGAACAUAUGGCUGAACAUGAUUUUGUUUCAUAUAUUUUAGUUUUUAUUCUUUAAAGAAUAAUAAACCUCAUAUAUUCUUUCAAACAUUUGUUUGUUUUCUCACACAGUGAAACAUAUUAAAAUAUAAAUAGAUAGUUAUAUGCAUAAAUAUAUCUUUUACUUUUUGUAGAAAAUUAUGUUUUAUGCUUUACAUGUAUAAAAAGGAAUCAAGCUGGAAAUCUGAACUUGUCUUUAUAGAAUUGAAAUUGGCUAGUAUUUAAAAUUAUUUAACAAAUUUCUCAAAUAUUGGUUGUUUUUGAAAUCCUAAUAAAGUAAAAUAUAUGUAUGAGAAUAAAUGUAUAAAUUUACUCACUGCUGGCAAAUUUUAUUUUCCUUUUUUCUUACUCUGCCAGCCUUUUUGUUUUUGUUUUUUGUUAUACCAGCAAAAGAGGAAAACGUAUUAUAUAGUAAUAAAAAUUUGAUAAAAGAUAUCCAAAUCAUAUACAAUUCAUUGAUGAAAUUUUAGAGUUUGUAAAACUAUUUACAGUAUGUAUUAAUAUUAAAAAUUAUACUGGACAUAAAAAUCUGUAUUGUAUGUCUACAAGAAAUCAAAAAUAAUAUUUACUAAUAUUUUAAAAUAAAUAGUUUAUAAAAAAUCUAAAUGAAAUCUUUUAUUAUUACUUCAAAUCCAGUUAGUAAUGAAUGUCAUUGUACAAAAAAAAAUAUGAAAUUUAAGUAUAGACAGCUUAAAUUUUUUAAACUCGUACGAAUGGAUACCAUUUAUUUUAUUCUCUCUAUGUUAUUUUAUAAUAUUUUAUUUAAAUUAGUAUAUUUUAUUAAAAUUAAUAUGAAAUUUAAUGAUUUUACCUAAACAAAACUUCGAUGAUAAUUAGAUGGUUUAGAGAUUUUUUUAAAUUAAGUGUCCAUGCAUUCUUUGCAUUAAAACACACACUUUUUAAAUUCUGCCAACAUUCUAUGUUUUCCUUGGUGUGGUUGACAGUACUAUAAAUGACAAACUCAUUUUAUUCUUUUCUAACCGGCAAUUUUCCUUUGUUGUUAGAAUUGUACAUCCGUAUUGUAAAACUGUUCAAUUAAACUGGGUAUAUCCGUUUUAUUUAUAAUAAGUUUCUUAUAACAAUCUUAUAAAUAGAAAAUUGUAUAAAUUUUAACAUUUAUACCAAAAACAUAUGCGAACAUCCGUAAUUUGCAUUUUUUUUAAUUGUUAUGUGUUCAAACACUACACAAUUUUAGAAAUGCAAUAUAUAUUUAUCUAAAAAAAUUAUUUUUAAUUAUUCUAUAAUUAUUAUUAUAAAACACAUUGCACAUGGUAAUAUUUCACAGAGGAAAAAAACUAUUAUUUUUUCUGCUUUUAAAAUGAUAUCAACAUUUUAUAUCCUUUAUCCAAGAAUAUAUGUUUUUGUUUUACAAAAUAUCAUUUAAACAUUUUCAAUAUUAUACCAGUAAAACUACUGCUAUUUAAUUUAAAAAAAUAUUUCUAGUUAAACGCCACUAAAUUCGUAAUGCAAAUCUUUUUAAAUUGUUCACAUUCAUUUAAGUAAUUAUUGGCACCUUUGAAAACGAUAUCUACAUUUGAUUUUUUUGACCAUAUCUACAUUCGAUUUGCUACUUGAUUAUUCUAGUAGACAUAUAUUAUCAUCUUGAGCAUAAGAAGUGGUGAAAAUAAUUUCAAAAAAAAAAAGGUGAAAAUAAUUAUUUUAUGGACAUGUUAAUAUUUCUUCAGAAAAAAAAACAAUUUUGGUUAAAUAAAUAUAUGAACUAUAGAUGGAAGGAAACCCAAAGAAAAUAAAUGUGAAAUCUUUUCUAUAUUCUUCCAACAAAUUUGGUGCCGUUUAGAAUGAUUCUUAAUGCCACCCUUUCAGAAGCUUUAAUUUAAUACUCACUAUAUAAAUAUACACACAUACAUACAUACAUGCAUCUAUCUCUUUCUGUCUGUCUCUCUCUCUCCCUUGUGUCUAGUGGCUUCUUUGGUUUGAAUUUAGAAGCCGAAGCAACAAGAGUUUUCGAGGGUGAUAUCAUUAUCUCUCCUAUUGAAAAUGUUUAACAACAAUACAGAAAUGUUCUCCGGUUUAGUAUCUAACCCGGAGCGAGAUGUCGGUCCUGCUUCCCUAACCGCUGUGUGUGACGACCUGACUAAUCAAGAUAUCGAAAUAGAGGAGCUUGAGAGGAAGAUCUGGAAAGACAAGCAACGUUUAAAGCAGCUCAAGGAGAUGUCCAAGAACGGGUCAGGUAAAAGAUUGUUGAAGCAUCCUGAGGAUUCGACUAAGAGAAUGAUGUACCAGGCACAGGAUGGGAUCUUGAAGUACAUGUCUAAGGCAAUGGAGCGUUGCAAAGCUCAAGGUUUCGUCUACGGUAUCGUGUUUGAGAACGGGAAAACCGUAACGGGGUCUUCUGAUAACCUCCGUGAAUGGUGGAAAGACAGGGUGAGAUUUGAUAGGAACGGACCAGGUGCUAUCUUGAGGCACCAAAGGCAGAUCAAUCUUUCAGCUGAUGGAAGUGAGUUAGGGGGGUCUGAGGGUGGGGAGUGUACCGCGCAUAAGUUGCUUGAGCUGCAAGAUACAACUCUUGGAGCUCUUUUAUCCGCUUUGAUGCCUAAUUGCACGCCUCCUCAGAGACGUUAUCCUCUGGAGAGAGGUUUGUCUCCACCUUGGUGGCCAACGGGAAAAGAAGACUGGUGGAAUGAUUUGUCUUUACCGGAAGAUUGUAGAGGACUUCCUCCUCCUUACAAGAAGCCUCAUGAUCUCAAGAAGGUGUGGAAAGUUGGUGUGUUGAUUUCUAUAAUCAGACACAUGGCUUCAGAGAUUGACAACAUACCUAAGCUGGUGAGACGGUCUAGAAGCUUGCAAGAGAAGAUGACUUCAAGAGAAGGGUCCUUAUGGCUAGCUGCUCUUAAUCAAGAGAAGAGCAAUGUUGAUCAAACUCAGUACAACCCUUUAGCCUUCUCCGGAGAAAGCAAUGCUAAUGCUCUAGGAGCCAGUGGCGAGACCGAUGUUUUGUUUCAAGAAUCUGGAGAUUAUAAUGUUGAAGCAGCUUAUGGAUCUCCUCAGCAUGUUCCUGAAGUUGCCAACAACUUUAAUUAUGUUAACAACAAGAGGAAGUUUGAAGGAGAGUUAGGGUUAUCAUUUCACCAAACAAGAAACCUAACUUGUGAGAACAGUUACUGUCCUUAUAGCCAACCGCAUAUGGGAUUCAAUGACAGGGUCUUAAGAGAUAGUCACCAAAUGACUUGUCCUUAUAAAACCCUUUCCUAUUACCAACCCGCUAAACCUUUAGGUAUGCCCUUAAGUUUCAUGACUCCCUAUCAAGUGGAAAUGCAACAGCAACAGCAGCAAGAGCAGUUUAAUCUAUCAAACACUCUCUACAGACCAAAAGCAGUAGAAAGAGGAGGUAACAACGACUAUCUCUCUGACCACCGGUUUGGUUUGGUUGACAAUUCGAGUCCUUCUACUUCGGCCAUGAAUCAUAAUCCUGGUUUAGUCUUACCUGUUAACUUCAAUGGCAACGAGGAAACAGUGGGGAUGGAGAACAAUCAGCAUAAUCAAGAGGGAGGCUUGCCCAUGCCAUGGAUUGAGUGAAGAAAGCUUUUAUGAGUUUUCUUGUUCUGUUUCUUAUAGCUUUGUUUCUUGUUUUUUUUUCCUCUCAUUUUUUUUAUUUCUCCCAUUUUAUUGGUUUGUUGUAGCCAUGGAAGGAGAUUAGAUUUUUUAUAAUACAAAAGUACCUCGUUCUUUUAUUUGAAGAGCCUCCUUUUAGUAAAGUUUUUU